GCCAGCUUUCGGACCUGCCGUUUCAAACAGUGUUCCUGUCGAAAACGAAGCAGCAGUUGCACAUCGACAACUUUCUCUGCAGCAAGUGCAAGGUUCUAGCCUUCCUCCAGAACAGUUAUUUAAGAGUUUUUACCCUCCAGAACGAGAACGACAAGAAGCUGGAGCUCCAACUACGUCAUUCGACACUCUCCGCUCAGCAGCUGAACGUGGGAGCGAUCAAUUCGAAGUUUUGCUGCAUGAAGCGAAUCAGGCAAGUGGCAUUGGAGGUGGUGGGAACAAGAAGAAAAGUCCAACUUUUGGUACUAUCUUCACAAAGGAAGAGCACAUUGGUGCCGUCAUUGAGCCACACCAGUUUGCCCAACAUCCUCUAGCCAAUGAGGCGAUCCGAGAACGCAUUCAAUCCAACAGUGCUGCUGCACUCAGUGCGGUCCUGCGGGAGCAGAGACCGAUGGCAUCGAUGCCUCUGAGUGAGCGCAUGCGGAGUCGAUCUCGAUCGGGGAGUGCUGGUCCUGUCCGUGGUGGGAUGCCUGAUUUUCCACCACAAGCUGGAGGAGCUCCACAAGUCGUCCACAAUAAGCCGUGGUCUCCUGCUGGUCGAGCAUCAAGUCCAACAAGUGGAGGGAAAGGGAAGGUAAUUAUACAUUUAGUUAUAGAAAUUUGUAGUUUUAGUGGAGAAGUUCCAUUGAUUUUGAUUCGGUCUGUCUCCUUUUGAUGUUCUUACUUCACUGUCACUACUAACAUUAUAUCUAUAAGAACAGCUUCUUUUUUUCAGGGCGGCACACCUCAACGCAGCUGUAGUCCCUCACAGCAGCGACUUCGGAUAUCUUCUCCUG